AUGGAAAAAUUUAUCAUGAAUCUGAAAUGGCUCGCAGUGCUACGCGCGACUUGCGCCACCACUCACGGAGAAGCCUACCCCACAGCAGCAGAAACAGCAGCAGCAGAAGGCUCAGGCAAGACAUACGACGAGAAUAACGAACGGGACCCUUGCCAUCGCACGGAUGAUCACUCAGAAGAUGAAGCUAGCGAUGAUGUCGAGAUCGAGACGCCAGUGGAGGUCACUAGGGAAGACGGCAACGCAGUACAUAUACCUGCUAGGAGCAGCGGGAGCCCCGAGAAAGCGAAGGAUGGCAUCAAAUUCGUUUGGAAGUACGUUGCCGCCAAGAUCACCCUUCGGGUCACACAGGCUGAAGACGCUGUAGUCAAUGCUGUCGAGAAGGUCAAGCAGGUUGGUUUCAUCGAUACGACGAAGGCAGUCGGGGCCUGGAUCAAGCUACAUCCGUGGGAAGCAGCGGCGGUAAUUCUGCCUCUGGCUACACUCGCAUUCAUAGCAGUAGCACUCGCAGUUACAGGAUUUAGCCAGCUGGGAUCGCUGCCGGUAUAUCAAAUCGAAGUUACGGCAGCGAUCAUCCAAGCCAGUAUCGGUAACCUCGUCGCGCGCUCGAUCUUGGCUACAUGUAGUAGUGCUAUGACGGGUGGCUAUGGCGCUUUGAUCGUAUUUGGAGGGGCGUGGCUUGGGUCGACAGCCGUGAUGAUCGGUCUCGCGACAGCUUGGAAGAGAUGGACGAGUCAUUCGGAGCGUACGAUGGUACUUUUGGGAAGGGGCUCGCCAAAGCCUGACACAGAUGAGAGCAAGCAAGCCGUGCCCGAUGUCAUAUUCUGGACGAUGUUUGCAGCAGCCUAUGUGGUAUACCGUUUCAAGAGUUGGUACCGGGGUCGCGCGGAUGGGAAGUCACCUGUUCGCAAGCCGAAGGAUGAGUAG